GACGGUUUCUGCCACAUGUGCGGCUACACGCGCGCUGAGAUCAUGCAGAAGCCGUGCGCGUGUAACUUCCUGUACGGGCCGGACACCAAGCGGCUGGCCAUCGCCCAGAUGGCCCAGGCCCUGCUGGGCUCGGAGGAGAGGAAGGUGGAGAUCAACCUGUACCGAAAAGACGGUCAGUGUUUCCCGUGUAUGGUGGACGUGGUGCCGGUGAAGAACGAGGAUGGCGUGGUGAUCAUGUUCAUCCUCAACUUUGAGGUCAUGACUGAGGAAACACUCAGAGAUCGCAAACAGGAGCUGAACCAUCGCCUGCCUACCUGGCUGGUCACAGGUCGUCCACGAGGCUUCAAGUUGCGUCUUCCCCCACUGCGCUCCCUGUCCAACAGCAAGGCGUCCCUGGAUGACCCAGAGGUGGGUCAUAUCCCCACUGCUACACCCCUGCCGUUGCAUUCAGACCACCACAGCCGCGAGUCCUUUGGCCUGGGGGAACUGCUGCCCCUGCCGCCGCUACCACCAGACCACCAGGAGCAGCUGAGUGGAAGCAGGUCAGCCCUUCACAGCUGGUCAGAAGACCGCCAGGAAGACCAGUGCACCUUACUGGGCUCCGAGCCUCCGGCGUCCUCCCCGCUGCCACUUUUCCACGGAACCCAACUGGUCGGCCCGUUCGACCAGUCGUCGCCUUGCGUAGCGCCCCAUCAUCGCCUGAGUCUCAACCCGGAGACCGCAGGCUCCAACUGCUCCCUGUCACAAAGUCGCUCCCGGGAAAGCUUCCACAGCAUGCGUCGCGCCUCGUCCGUGGACGAGAUCGAGGCCAUGAGGCCCGAGUGGGACCGGAAGAACCGGAGACCCAGCAUCCGGCCGGCCAGCAGCAGCACAGGUGCUGUAAACAGUAAGUCCAACAUACUGAACUCCACAUCGGACUCGGACCUGAUGCGAUACCGCACAAUUUCAAAGAUCCCCCAGAUUACCCUUAACUUUGUGGAUUUCAAACCGGACCCGCUCAUAGCCCUUCCCAGUGGGGAGAUGGAUAUCAUCGCUCCCUGCAAGCUCAUCGACCGCACGCACCACGUCACCGAGAAGGUCACGCAGGUGCUGUCUCUGGGUGCAGAUGUGUUGCCGGAGUACAAGCUCCAGGCCCCUCGCAUCCACAAGUGGACGGUGUUGCACUACAGCCCCUUCAAGGCGGUGUGGGACUGGCUCAUCCUCCUGCUGGUCAUUUACACCGCCAUCCUGACGCCCUACUCCGCUGCAUUCCUGCUCAAUGACCAGGAGGAGGUGGCCAUGCAGAGCUGCGGCUACUCCUGCUCCCCCCUCAACGUGGUGGACCUGAUCGUAGACAUCAUGUUCAUCAUCGACAUCCUCAUCAACUUCAGGACGACGUAUGUGAACACCAAUGAUGAAGUGGUGAGCCACCCGGUGCGCAUUGCCGUCCACUAUUUCAAAGGCUGGUUCCUCAUCGACAUGGUGGCCGCUAUUCCCUUUGAUCUGCUCAUCUAUCGCAACGGAGAAGAGACCACCACUCUGAUUGGUCUGCUCAAAACGGCCCGUCUGCUGCGGUUGGUGCGCGUAGCCAGAAAACUGGAUCGGUACUCGGAGUACGGGGCAGCCGUCCUCUUCCUUCUCAUGUGCACCUUCGCCCUCAUCGCUCAUUGGCUGGCAUGCAUCUGGUACGCAAUUGGUAGCGUGGAGAGAAAUGGUUCGAUAGGCUGGCUCCACACGCUGGGGGACCAACUGGGAAAACAGUUCAACAAUUCUAUCCCAGGUUCAGGACCUUCUAUCAAUGACAAGUAUGUCACAGCUCUGUACUUCACCUUCAGCAGUCUGACCAGUGUGGGAUUCGGGAACGUGUCACCGAACACCAACUCGGAGAAGAUCUUCUCCAUUUGUGUGAUGCUCAUCGGAUCCCUGAUGUACGCCAGCAUCUUUGGGAACGUGUCGGCCAUCAUCCAGCGUCUGUACUCAGGGACGGCCCGCUACCACACCCAGAUGCUGCGGGUCCGCGAGUUCAUCCGCUUCCACCAGAUCCCCAACCCGCUCCGGCAGAGGCUGGAGGAAUACUUCCAGCACGCCUGGUCCUACACCAACGGCAUCGACAUGAACGCUGUGCUGAAAGGCUUCCCCGAGUGUCUCCAGGCCGACAUCUGCCUCCAUCUGAACCGGACGCUGCUGCAGAACUGUAAAGCUUUUAAAGGUUCCUCCAAGGGCUGCCUGAGGGCGCUGGCCAUGAAGUUCAAGACCACCCACGCCCCGCCGGGCGACACGCUGGUCCACGCCGGGGACGUCCUCACCGCCGUCUACUUCAUCUCCAGGGGCUCCAUUGAGAUCCUCCGAGGAGACGUGGUGGUGGCUAUCCUAGGAAAAAAUGACAUCUUUGGCGAGCCGAUCAACCUGUAUUCCCGACCGGGUAAAUCCAACGCUGACGUCAGAGCCCUCACUUACUGCGACCUCCACAAAAUCCACAGAGAAGACGUUCUGGAAGUGCUGGACAUGUACCCGGAGUUUGCAGAUCACUUCUGGAACAACCUGGAGAUCACCUUCAACCUCAGAGAUACCAACAUGAUCCCAGGCUCACCGAGUAGUGACGACUCCACCUAUGGAGGAUUCAACAAAUUACGGAGGAGGAAGUUAUCUUUCCGAAGACGCACAGAAAAAGAUGAUGCUGAUGCCGGGGAGAUAAAGAAGUCCCAUAAGUCCGUGAGGCGGAGACACCGGGAAGCAGCACAUAACCAAAAAGAGAAGGAGGAGGCGUCUAAGAAACAGUGGGGGGCACAUGCCAGCUCAGCCUCUUCACACUCCAGUGGUGAUGAGGGGGAAGAGUCCGUCGUGACUGGGCUUGCUCCACCUGCAGUGCUGGACGCCCCGAAGGCUCAAGCCCCGAUGCACUUCAGUGAGAAUACUGAGGGUGAUGGAGACCCCAAGUCUGGUAACACCUGUAACGCCUUGUCAGGCGCGCUCUCAGGGGUGUCCAACAUCUUCAGUUUCUGGGGAGAGAGCCGGGGAGGUGGUCAGUACCAGGAAGUCCCCAGCUGCAGCCUGGUGUCCCCUCCAGCCGCCAGCACACCGCUGCCCUGCCUGAGCCGCCAGCAGCGCUACCAGCUGGAGUCCCGUCUGGACCUGCUGCAGAAGCAGCUCAACAGGUUGGAGAGUCGCAUGUCAACGGACAUUGGAGUGAUCAUGCAGUUGUUGCAGAGGCAGGUGGCCCUCGUCCCCCCCGCCUACAGCGCCGUUUCAUCUCCUCCUCAGCCCUCCCCCUUCCCCGGUUCCAGUCCAGGACCUGGUCCUGGAGACGGAUCCGUGCAGCCCGUCACAGCGCUGGAAACGGACACACUGGCCUCUCUGUCACAGAUCUUGGAAACCACAGGCUUUGAGGAGUUUCCAGUCCAACCUCUGGAUUCUGUGCAGACCCAGGAGCCUCUGAUCCCCAGCGGCCAGGACCAGCGUGCUCUCUCCGGACCGGAACCACCGGGACACCAUUUAGAGCUGGAGCUCGGCGUCAGGGCCGGAGUCGUUCCAGGUGCAGGUUUAGAGUUGGGGACUGGGCCAGAAAUGGAGGCAGGUUUACGAGCAGGGUUGGACUUUGCGUCGGGGGCUGGACUUGGGCCAACUGCUGGAACAGAAGCGUCACCUGUGGAUCCUGAAAUCCAAAGGAGGCUAUCGCUCCAAAACCCACAGACGCCACUGGAUUCACGGACACCACAGAGACACAGCUCCGACCCGGGGGGGAGCUAAGGAUCGGAUGGAAAGGAGUGGGAAGAGAGUGGUGUAAAGGAGCACGAGAGAGAGGUGUGAUCCAGCGGUUCCUCCUGCUUCCACCCGUCCAGGAGCUCAGCGGACACCGACUGAAGAAACCAACGUAACCCACUCAGCUACUGCAUCUUCCCUUUCAACAGAUUGAAGCUAAACACGGGGCAUCGUUCUCUUUUUGAGUCCGUCUUCACAACGCAUCUGGAGCUUUCUGAGCUCCACAGCAGUACAACCUUUAAACGAAACCACCAAGCUCUCUGUCUUAGGGAUGGUGUGAGUCCACCUGGAUCAGUGCGUGGACCGUUCAGCCGUCCACCAAGGAUACGACUACUCCGCUCUCAUUUAAACAAGAACCUAACUCGUAACAGAAUCCCUUUACUACUGCAUCCACUUUUGGAUGACUAAAGAGAAUGAGCAAAGACAACAUUGAACAUAACAAUGAUGAAAAAAGUAGCCAUUUACAUCUUGCACUGAAAAUCUUGAUCUAAUGAAUAUUAUUCUAUAUGUCCAUGGCGCUUCCGAUAAUCUCGUAGACUGGUUGGUAGACUAUGUGUUAGCUGGCCUAACAGGAAUCCUGCUGUCCCACUCUGUCAUGGGUUCCUUCUGCCUGACGUCCAGCCCUGAGACGGCCAGACUGGCUGGUCUGCAUCGCGGCGGCGGGAACAGAAGGGUUAAAAGCCAUGAGUUUUCUUGAUGAACAUAUCAGCUGCCCUGGCAUACACGUUGUACAGAUUUGGUAGUGCAGAAAAAAACAUGAAGCAUGCUCAGGCAGAGUGGCGAACAUACGGAAGAGUAUUAGGGCCAUGCAAGAGAAGAAAUAUUUGAGAGGGGGAGAUUUUCUUUUAUUGUGCACUUCGAGAAAAAAGUCGAAAUGUCGAAAUUAAUGUUGAAAUACAAUUUCGGGAAAAAAGUCGAAAUG